CCCGUGUAUGUAGUCGCGACGCGAUUUGUCUGAGACUAACACUAGAGUAUAGAGAAGUGAAAAUGCCGGUUCACGGGCUGUUGCAUUGUAGCCAUGUGUCUAUGGCUACAUUUUUGGCAGUUGCACAGGAUCGACUCUUGAAACAACAUCAUGCCCAAUUUCUGCGGAAGUGGAAUGUCCACUACAAGCUGUACAGAAAUGCAAUCUCACCUAAAGUGCUCGAGUUCCUUUAUCAAAACACGCAACCGAACAUGAUGGCUUCUAUCAACAAUGAGGAAGCUGUUGUAGACACAGAAACUGAUUUAGAGGCCAUCAUUGUUCGAACCAAAUUGUGGACCUUUCGACAGCACUUGUGUGCUGAAGGUGCCAUCUACGAGGUCGGUGAUUUCGUCAUAGGAGUCGCCAAUCUGCUGCAGAAGACCACAUGGAAGGGCUUUCUCGUUCACGUUGUGUUCAAGGGCUCUGACGAUAUGUCAAUUGCACAACCCAUUAUUCGUGACCUCUGUGAAAGCUGCUUCUUUCGGGAUCCGACUGUCCCUGUUCACGAAAGUUACUACAUCAGCGAACAGCAAUAUGCUUCACCAAAAACACUUCAGAGUCUGUUUAAGCAGCGUAACACCAUGGAAAGAAAUUCUUCUACUACUUCCCUUCACGCCUCCGCCAAUGUCCCUCCUAUGGUUCCUGCACCAACUGCCGAGAUUCCUUCCGGCUCAACCACCGAUGCGUCCUCUGCCGCUGCUGCUGCUGCUGCUGUUGCUUCAAAUAUGCAGCAGGGUCUCCACCCAGCGGCCCCCAAUUCUGCUGCUGCUGCUGCCUACAAAACCGAAUUCCCCAUGAUACUAACGAACACCGAUUCCUUUGUAGAUCUCACAAACAUGUAACCUUUCCCCGCAAUAAAAAUCCCCGACUAUAGAUGUGUGAGUGUGAUCGACGACGAAAAAGCAGAUCCCCCGCAGCCGAAGACGAACUUUAUAUUUACAUACGACUACAAGUCCUACAAACCAAACCAAUUGUUUUUAAUCAAAAAUAGCAGAAUCAAGAAGCCAUUUAGUCAAGAGCGUCAGUCACAACACCCUUGGAGGCAGUGGAGACAUUACGGGCAUACUUAA